AUGAUGAUGAUGAUGAUGAUGAUGAUGAUGAUGAUGAUGAUGAACCGUUCGGCUGCGGAGGCGCAGCAAGCAGACCAGAGGAGAGCCGCUGAAGCUCAGAAGUCCCUGGAGCCCUUCGGCAGCAGCUGCGUGAUGCGGAGGGUGAUUGUGGUGUUUCCGGUGGAUGCUGAGCAAGGUCCUGCAGUCACGAGCGUGUGA